GGGUAAGUUGCGUUUUCUCGCGCGCGUUAGAUCUGCGCGCGGUUAGUGUUUUGAAGUUCGAGGUUAGAAUGCUGCGCCGAUUCAGCGGAAGACAAGCGGAGAAGGUGAAUCUUGCGCUUCACUUGAGAAGGAGAUUUUCGGGCGUAUCGACACCAUUACAAAAACCUGGGAGGCUCACAAGCAUUUAUUCCAAAAGCCUCUGUAGCAUUUCUGUAGACAGGGAAGCUGGAGACGUGUAUCAGUGUCAUACUAAUGCAGUUCCUACAGUUGGUUCAUCUGUGGCAACUACAGAUGGGACAUUUUGGCUCAUCCCACCCGAUGCAUUUCCUGUUCAAGUAGCACAGACAUUUUAUGAAUCUCUUCAUCAAUGGUUGCCUUUUCCGUGGGGAGCACUAAUUGUCUUCUCAACUGUAUGUUUGAGAGGGAUGAUCACUUUGCCGUUGGCUGUGAUUCAGAACAGAAAUAUUGCUAAAAUGAUUCUUUUGGCUCCUACUGUGAAGGAGUAUUCUGAAGCUCUUCUCCACAAUGUUGUUGUAAGGUGCAGACGAGCUGGCUUGUCUGCUUCUGAAGCAAAUUUACAAUACAAGCUGGAGGUGAAGAAGAUGAGACGAGAGCUUUACCAGAAGGAAGGCGUCAGUCCAUUGAGAGUAGCUUUAGUUCCAUGGGUUCAAAUUCCUCUUUGGAUUGUUCUCUCACUUGGUUUGAGAAACGUCUGUGGAGCAUACCCCGGAGUUGAUGCCUUAACCAUUGAUUCCAGCUUGCACAAUGAAGGCUUUUUGUGGAUCUAUGAUUUGACUUUGCCCGAUCAGUGGUGGAUUUUGCCAGUAAUGCUUGGACUUUCAAAUUGGCUCAAUAUUGAAUUACAUGCUUUGAAAAAAUUGUCCAAGGGCAGUCGAUCAAACAGAAUUCUAACAAACGUAUUACGUUUGUUGUCUGUUGGAAUGGUCUACAUUGGAGGACAUGUGCCUGCAGCAUUGUGUUUAUAUUGGACUACAUCAAGUUGCCUCGGACUUGCUCAGAAUGUACUGCUUCAGCUUCCUAAAGUUCGUCGAGCUCUUAAGUUUCCUAAAACUUCACAAGACAGUAACCAUCCUUUUAGGGAUUUGGCAGAUGUUUUAAGAGUGCGGGCUAGACAAUUUGCUGAUAUACAGAGGAAACAAUGAUGUUCAUGCAAUAGCGUCCGUUGACUGCUGCAAAUAGUGGUUAAGGAUAUGAUAUGAUGUGCACCUGUAGUUUCUUUAGGGGCAUUACAAGACGGGUCAGUGAACGUCUUUCAACAU